AUGGAUGCCCUCUUUGGAAGUUGGACACUUGUCAAAGCUGAAAAGUUCAGUGAAUAUCUGACAGCACUUGGUGUAUCAGAAGAAAAAAUCAGUGUUGCCCAAAUUAUUAAACCAACUUUAACCUUUUACAAAGAUGGAGACUAUAUAGUUAUUAAAACAGAGACCAGUCUUUAUACUGGAGAAAUCUGGUUCAGGCUGGGUGAAGAGUACUAUGAGGAAACCAAGGAUGGCAGACGUUGCAAGACUGUUGUAAACCUAGAAGGAAGCAAACUUGUCCAGGUGCAGAAGUGGGACGAUAAACAAACCACAAUUGUUUAUGAGGUCAAGGGUGUGAACAUGAUCAUGAUACUGACCUUUGGGAACAUUGUAUCCACCCACACCUAUCAGAAGGCAUAAAUGAUGGACCACUUACCAGUCUCGAAGCAUAUUUUAAUGUGAAUAUCCAAAUGUCGGAAAAAUGAGAUGGUGUCCGAAUAUAGAGAUGAGAGGCGUUAUUAGUACAACUAGAGUUAAUUCUGUUUCAUCAGAGGC